CACCUUGAGUUCUGACUUAUGACCAGACUCUUAAAAACACCUGAUUUUUACUACAAACAGAGAGAUGGAGAGUGCAAAGGGGUUAUGAUCAUGUCAAGAAAUGUUUUUGAUAUAAGUGCUAGGCGCACUAGCAGACACAAGGACCCAUCAUCAUCACUGUCUUCAACACCAACCCCUCCAUGGCUCCCUCCUUCUUCCCUCCCUUUCCCACUCACACUGUGCUCUCUCUUAUUUCUUCUCUUCCUCUCCAUUUCCCCCAAAUUCUUGCACUCACUUGACUUCUCUCUCAAUUUCUUGAGCUUUAAAGAUCUUUUCUUGAGUCCAUUUGCUAUCAUUUUCUUGUCUGGUCUAAUGGAAGGUGCUGCUCUUGGUUUACUUAGUGGUGGUGCUGGUGGUUCUUCUGGGGGCUCCUCAAAUGAGUCCACAGUGUCAAAAGUGGAAGUGGUGGAGCAAGAUCAGUAUGUGGAGGCAACUUCAUACCCAGCUGAGAGUGAGAUUGAGUUGGGUUUGGGCCUGAGCCUUGGUGUUGGUGAUUGUAAUGGUGGUGGUGGUGGUGGGAAGGGUAAGGCUAGUGCAUGGGGUGAAUGUGGUAGAAUCUUGACUGCCAAGGAUUUCCCUUCAGUGCUUUCUCAUGCUCACAGAGGAGCUAAUGCUUCUGCUUCCUCUGGUGUUGCUGUUUCUGGGACAAAGAGAGCUGCUGACUCUUCUCCUCAAGAGGGUGGAUCUCCUCCUGGUGGCAGCCAAGUUGUGGGAUGGCCACCUAUAGGUGUUCACAGGAUGAACAGCUUGGUGAACCAAACAAAGGCCCUAAAAGCAGAAGAGGACAAGUCCGCGGUUGAUGUAAAAGAUCACAAAUCCAAAGAUGCUUCAAAGAAGAAAAUAUGCAAUGGCAACAACACCAAUAUUGCAAGCCAAAACCGGCAUCUUGGAUUUGUUAAGGUGAAUAUGGAUGGCGUUCCUAUAGGAAGGAAGGUGGAUUUGAAUGCUCAUGCUUGCUACGAAACCUUAGCCCGUACCUUGGAGGACAUGUUUUUUAGGUCCAACUCAACCCUCAAUUCCGUCGGAUCUGGUGGAGAGAAGGAACAAGCAAAAAAGUCCUCCAAGCUCUUGGAUGGAUCAUGUGGAUUUGUGGUCACUUAUGAAGAUAAGGAGGGAGACUGGAUGCUUGUGGGAGACGUUCCAUGGGGGAUGUUCUACAGUUCAGUCAAAAGGCUCCGAAUCAUCAGGACUUCUGAGGGUAACAGGCUUUGUAUGUAAAUGUACAAUGAUGACUCUUAAAAUGAGCUUUUAGUACUCUGGCGUUCUUCGACUGUGUAAUUGCAGCUCCGAGAUUUGAACAUGGGAAGGAAAGAAGCAAGCCUGUUUAGCAUCAAAGCUGGCCCUUACACAAUCUGAUGAGAUUAAAUACAAAAGAAUCCACAGUUUGACACACACAAGUAGAAAAAUUGACAAGUCGAAGCAUUUUGCAAAGCGUCGUUGCCAACCAUCCUCCAGUUCUCAAUGCCUUUUUUGGUCUCUUAGGUGAUGAUAUUCAUUGUAGUUUUCGAUUUCUUUAUAUCCUGCUGUGCACUUGACUACA